GAAAAAUCAAUGUGGGGCUCCAUAUCUGAUAAGAAAAGCUACGUGCUCAAACCAAUAACUCGAGAAAAAACUAUUCGAAAUGCUAAAUCUCGUAAACGGCCUAAUAAAAUCACCUUCAAAGAAAAGCGUGUUGCCUCGAGUUCCUUCGGGAGUAGUGCAAACCAAUCUAAGAUCAUAGAGAGCUUCUCAAGAUCAAACUAUGAUCCUGAGAAGUACUCCUUAGUGCCAAUUAUUUCUGAGAUCCAGAAGAACCGGAUCACUGAGUUGGUCUCUGGUCUCAAAGGGAUGUCAGUAGACAUCCAGGAAUUCAUCUCAGCUGAGGCUGAGAUUCUCAGGAGACAUAACACCGAUCUCCUUAAGAACACUAAUUUCAAAUCGAAGUUAGCAAAGCUAACUCUCGAUUCUGAAGAAGUGAAGAAUGACAUUGAUUCAGCUCUCAGCUUUGCUUCCUUGAACAGUUCCAAGGAAGACUUCGAUGAGAGAUUAUCAAGCUUCUUAGAAAUUUCAGAGUCAACUAAGUUCAAAGCUUCCAAAAUUCUGUUCCAAGUGAUCCUUGUCUUGGAAAUAUUGGUCAAUAAAAUGGUAUCUAUAGAGCAGUUUAAAUGUAUCCAUUUGAUAUCUAAGCUCAAUCUUCAGGGAGAAGAUGUAAAUGUUUACCUUGAGAAAUACCAGAAUACCAAUCAUUUUACUGGCAAAGGAACAUCUUUGUAUUUUGAGCUUCUAAAUCAGCUGAUUUCGCUAAAAUCUCUCUCAGCUCGCAAGGUACAAAAGGAAGAGAUUAAAGUACCUGGGAUUCAUCUUUCUGGGUCCUUUGAAGAAUACAUUAGAGAUCAAGUAAACUGCAAAAUCACAGAGGAAUUCUGUAAUUACGUAUGCUCAACUCUUGAACAAACCACAAAAGAACUUGCACAGAAGCUGGAAUUUCAAAAAUAGCCAAGAAUUGCAAAUCGGAACUCUUCAAACCAAGAAUGAACAACUCGAGGAAUCAUUCAAAACCUUAGCAAAGCAAUGAGAUGGUAUCAUUCAAGAGAACUCUGCUCUUUCUGAAGAGAUGUCUCAACUAAAAGGUGAACAGCAAAAAGGAGUCUUUGCUCUCAGCCAAUGUGAUCAGAAAGACGAAGAAAUUCUUAAGCUCAGAUCAGAACAACAAAAUUUUGUAUCUAUGAUUGAGUCAUUAAAUGCAAGCAUCACUGGUCUAGAGCAGAAGUUAUCUGACAACACAGGAGUUGUCAAAACCCAAGCUGAUGAGAUCGCAAAUUUGAAGCAGCUUAUCACUUUGAAAGAUAAAGAAAUCACUGAGGCAAAAUUCAAAGCAGCCUCUCAAGAUGAAAUUGAAACUCUUAAGUCCAUGGUUAAUGAUUUAAGAAUGGAAAAAGAUUCCUUUGUAGACCAGAAUAGUCAAUUAAGAUCUUCCAUAAUCCUGAUAAACCAAAAGUUGGCUGAGAAGGAGAAGAGUUUAUCUGAUAAAACAGCUAGAUGCACUAAGCUGCAAUCCACAGUGCAGGAGCUCCUCAAGAGUGAAGAUGCUUCGCAAGGCAUCAGCAAGUCAGAUUACGAUGAUCUUAAGCAAAAACUGCACGAGACUUCAAUGAAAGCAAUGACUCUUGAAGCUGAUAUCCUUAGUCUAAAAGAGAAUCUGAAAAAUUCCAAAGUCUUAACAAGUCUGCAAGAGGAUGAAAUCCAGGCUCUAAAAGCAACUUUGCGUGGUUUCACAAGUUCCAAAGAUGAAGACUUCGAUGACACUUAUGAAGCAGUGCUCAAGUCAGAAUUUGACCGGAUGAAGGCUGCUUUUGAAUCUAGGAUCGCAAAACUACAAGAAGAAAUGGAAGUCCAAAGAAAGUCUUACUACAGCAAAGCAGCUGGAAGUAAUAGCACAAUAGAAGAUCUGAAGGAUACGAUCAAGAGGAUGACAAUGAGAAUGGCCAAAUUUAGGUAGGGUUAAUUAUGGAUUUUCAAUA